CCCGCCCUCAGUGGCGGCGGCGGCGCUCGGCCUCUUUGUGCCGCCUGCCCCAGCACCCGGUGGUCCUCGCCUCACUUCGCCUCGCCCUGACCCUGCUUCGCUCGGCUCCGGCCGCCGACGCUGUCGCUGAGGGGAUCGGCGGGUCAGCCCGCCCUCGCCCUGCUGCGGGGCUUCCCCGCCUCCCUCCCCGCCCCGCCGCCGCUCUACCCCGCCUCGUCCCUCUGCCCCCAGUGCGGGCUACUCGCGGCCGCCUCCCCCGGCUGCCUGUGAGCCCGCCGUGCGCGCUGCCGCCCGGAGCUCCCCCGCCGUCGGGGAUGGCGCGGCUGGCAGCGCCCGUGCGCGCCUGAGGCGGAGGGGCGAGCCCGCCGCCGUCGCGGGAGGAGGAGGAAAAGGAGGAGGAGGAGAGAUGAAGCGCUUCCACCCUGGGGUCGCGCUGCUGCUCUCGCUGCUAUGGGAGUGUACAGAGGCCAAAAAGCAUUGCUGGUACUUUGAAGGAUUAUAUCCUACAUAUUAUAUAUGUCGCUCCUAUGAGGAUUGCUGUGGCUCAAGAUGCUGUGUAAGAGCUCUCUCUAUCCAGCGACUAUGGUAUUUUUGGUUCCUUUUGAUGAUGGGAGUUUUGUUCUGUUGUGGAGCUGGUUUCUUUAUCCGAAGGCGGAUGUACCCUCCUCCGUUAGUAGAAGAACCUACUUUUAAUGUGUCUUACACCAGACAACCAGUCAACACUGCAUCAGGGUCACAACAGCCUGGAGUGCCGUAUUACACAGAUCCAGGUGGACCUGUGAUGAAUCCCAUGGCCAUGGCUUUCCACGUCCAGCCCAAUUCCCCACAAGGAAACCCGGUUUACCCACCCCCACCUUCCUAUUGCAACACACCACCUCCCCCAUAUGAGCAGGUGGUGAAAUCCUCCACAUGAGAACUCUGGCUCUCUGACCUGACUGUGUGAGAAGAAGGUGCAAUUGCAAUAUGACCAAGAUGGAGGGCACCUGCCCUUUUGAACACUUGCUAGUUCUCCAAGUCUUCUCUCCUUCUCUCCUUCCCUUCCCUGCACCUUUCCUCAUUAAAGUUACUUGCAAAAGGGUGAUUUUAAAAUUUUUUUUCUUUUUCUUUUUUUUUUUUUUUUUUUUUUUAGUAGAAGUGGAUUUUUUCUUUUUCUUCAAAACGAGAUAAGUUGUCUUUGUAAUGCUUUUAAUGGAAACCUAUAUUUAAAACCUG